CCCCUCCUCUCUGUCAGCAGCGCGCGGUCGUGCUCUCUACACAUUGGAUGAAUGAGACGAAAAAGUAUCACAGCAAACACCACAUGUGUGGCGAUGCUUCUCCUGUACGGGCGAGCAACAUCGGAAGGUGGUCACCAGGCACACGGGUUCCGUGUAACACAGACCUACCUCUUUCUAACUCUCCUUCAGUCAUCAUCGCCUACAGCAGUGCAUUGUUUUAUCUAACCUUUGAUCUCUACAUGCGUACAUAUCCAUCUUACCCCCUUGGCGCACGUGGUACCAUUUUGUCCUCCAAACGGUUUUGCAUUCUGCUUCUUGCUGUAAAAGUGCCUGUGGUAAGGAAGGGAGGAGAAGGAGAGGCUCGUGUGGGUGCAGUAGCUUGUCUGGUGUACCUUAUACCCCGUAUGCUUCUUUGCACCGCACCAACCAAUUCGGAAACGUCAAUGCUCUCUCUGUAUCCUAUCUUCGUGACUGUACCUUACUCUCUGCUGUAUUACCGCCCCUCGCAUUGGAUGAUCUGAUCCUCAGGAAAGAAGGGAUAGGUAGAGCUACCUGUAGUAAAUAAAUACACUGUGAUAGGCAGUGCUACUUGACUAUUCAUCCAUCUCAAAUACAAAUCAGUCAUACCCCCCUCUCAUCAGAUUCUACCCCGCAAGUGCGCUCAUAACGUCUUUGGAUUUGGGUUUUACUACUCCCAAAUCCACCCAACCAACCAAUGUUGAGCUGAGCUGCCAGAUGCGAGAACCUUUGACCCUACCGUAACUUUUACCGAUCAACCCCUCCAUUGCCAGGGCAAGGAUC